AUGGCAAGUUUGGCUUCACAAAUUUCUUUUCUUUUGCUGUUUCUGCUAUUUGCAACAACAUUCAACAAAAGUGUGGGAACCUCAAACAGGUUGAUGCGUUGCAAUGAAAAUGAUCAAAGGCUGCUUUUGAUCUUCAAACAAGGAGUGGUUGAUCCAAGAAACCAACUCUCUUCUUGGCUGAUGAAGAAGAUUGCUGUCUGUGGGAGGGAGUUCACUGCGACAACAUUACUGGAAGAAUGGCUCCACCAUAUAGCCAUGCUUCCUUCACUCUCUGAGUUACACUUGAGAGAGUGUAGACUCAGAGAUUUUCCAUCCCUUGAUUAUAUCAAUUUUACUUCACUUGAAGUUCUUGAUCUUUCUACCAAUUAUAAUAUGAUGAAUUCAAAAUUGCCUGAUUCAUUCUUUAAUAUCACCAAUCACAUCUAUCAUCUUGCCCUUCGUGAUUGCAAUUUCCAUGGCCAAUUACCAAAGGCCUUGCUCAAUCUUCGAAACCUCAAGCAUUUAGAUUUGGGUGGUAAUAUUCUCAAAGGAUCAAUUCAAGACUGGUUAGGCCAAUAUGAACGGUUACAAUACUUGGAUAUAAGUGAUAAUUUGUUUUACGGUGUAAUUCCAUCAUCUCUUGGAAAUAUUUCUUCCUUGUUCAACUUAGACUUGUCCAACAAUCAGUUCAGUGGUAAUCUUCCAGAAACCCUUGGACAACUCCAUAACUUAAAUUAUUUAGGCAUUGGUGGCAAUUCAUGGGUGGGUGUUCUUUCUGAAAAGAAUUUUUCGAAUUUCUCAAAUUUAACAUCAUUGGAUUUAAGUUCAACAAGUUUUGAACUUGACAUUGAUACCAAAUGGGUCCCACCAUUUCAACUUGAGAGGUUGCGUUUGAGGAACACAAGCAUAGGUCCUAAUGUUCCAGCAUGGCUAUACACACAACGGUCUUUAAGACAUCUAGAUAUUUCUAGAUCAGGGAUUUCAACAACUGAUGCAGAUAUAUUUUGGAGCUUUGUAGUAGGAAUAGAAGGUGUUGAUAUCUCAAACAAUUUGAUUAGUGAUGACAUAUCCAAUGUCACAUUAUCAGCAAAUACCUCUUACUUUUAUGCGUCUCACAACUCUUUAAGAGGAUCUCUUUUCUCGUUUUUGUGCCAACUAGAGAGUAACGGGGAAAGCAAAUUGCUUGAAUUGAACUUGCAAUAUAAUCAUUUGAGUGGAAUACUUCCUGAUUGUUGGGCCAAUCAGAAACAAUUAAGAUACCUCAGUUUGGGGAGUAAUAAGCUAACAGGCAUGCUAAAUUGGACAUAUUUGGAUCACCUCAUUUUAGAGCAAAAUAAAUUUUCUGGAAGUUUGCCAAAUCCCGUGGUGCAACAUUUGUCGGUUAUUAUGUUGAGGGCCAAUCAAUUUAUGGGUAAUAUUCCAUUACAAUUCUGCAACAUUUCUCAUUUGACAAUACUUGAUUUGGCUGAAAAUAAGCUUUCUGGAUACAUACCUUAUUGCCUAUACAAUAUCAUGCCUCCAGAUUCUAUGGUACUAUGGGAUAAUGAUGAAAUAAUAAAAAUAUUUACGAAAGGAAGAGAAUUAGACUACCAACUUGAACGUGUUGCAUAUCGUACAAGUAGCAUUAUUGAUCUUUCUGCUAAUAGCUUGUGUGGAGAAAUUCCUAAAGAAUUGUUUAGCAACAGUCAAAUGCAGUCCUUGAACUUGUCUCGAAACCAUUUGACUGGAAAAAUUCCCAAAGAAAUUGGAGGCCUGAGAUUGGAAUCUCUUGAUCUUAGCUACAAUAAACUUUUUGGAGAAAUUCCUUCAACAAUCUCCAAUUUGUCUUCUCUUGCUUGGCUCAACCUCUCAUACAAUAAUUUCAUGGGACGAAUUCCAAUGGGAACUCAAAUUCAAAGUUUUGACUCUUGGAGUUUUGUUGGAAAUCCUAAACUAUGCGGAGAUCCUCUUCCAAAGAAGUGCAACAAAAAAGAAGGAACUCAUGACUCAAAGCUAGCUAAAGGAGAUGAAGAUGAUGGCUUUCUAAAGUCACUCUAUCUUGGUAUGGGGGUUGGAUUUGCAGUGGGCUUCUCGGGAGUUUGUGGUUCACUCUUUCUCAUCAGAGCAUGGAGACACAAAUUUUUCCGAUGGUUUGAUCACUUGAACGAUCAACUUUAUGUUGCUUUCACCCUCUGGUUCAAAAGAUUCGGUUGA